AUCAAAUGUAUUUUUCCUUAUUAUUAGUAUUUUCUUUUAUUCUCUUCCUUCCCCAUUAGUCCACUCCCUUUCAUUUUUUCUUGGUAAUUUCUCUAUGCCCUUUCUUGGUUUCUUGGUCUUUAGCUUAGUCUCAAGAUCCAGAUAUUAUUAUUGUAUUGUGGAAGAGGAAAGGGAUUAAAAAAAGAAGUCUUUACUCUUGAUACUCAAUCACAUUCGAGCUGUUAUUUUGCAUAUGGUAAGCAAGACCCAUCUCUUAUUUUUCUUGAUUAUUUGAUUUUUUUCCAUGGCUCACUCUCAGAUGUUUAGAAGGUCUUUGCAAGAAGCAAGAGAAAGAGAGAUCGAAAAUAAGACUUUAACACCAGCUGAAAAAAUCAUUGAUGAAGGUAGAUAUGGAAGAGUCCAGAGAAGAAGUUAAAAGGACUUAAUCAAGGUCUAACCUAUCUAUUUUGGGUUAUGAUUUCCACAAAUGGAAGUUUGGAUCCACUUGUUGUUGACCAGAUCUAACCCAUUUCCCUUUCACCACCUUUUGUUUUACCCACAAUUUGCAUCCCCUGAGUCUACUUCCUCUUUUUGGAAUAUCAAGGGGUGGAAAAUGGUUUCUUAAAGCCUACCGUUCACAUUCCAGCAUCAUUCUUUAUUAGAAAAGAAGGUGGUGGAUUACUUGAAAUAUGACAGGUUGUGUGAUUUUAGAGGGGUUGAAGGGUAACUUUUUGUGCUGCCCAGAAAGGGAUUUUGAUGGAGGAGAUGUCUCCGGCGGUUGCAGUGCCAUUUGGAUUAGGUAAUUCAGUCUGUGAAAACUCAACCUUGACCUCUGAUAUGGACAUCACUAGAAUUACAAUUAUGGCUAACCCUGCUGGUCUGUUAUCUGAUUCUGCAACAAAGGCUGCAACCCAGCCAGCUGCUGAGGAAGGAAUGGGCUGUGACCGUUCUGAAAUGGAGACUGAAGAAAGUGUUAUUGGUGUGCUGAGGAGAGAAGAGGACAAGGGAGGGGGAACUCCUUUGCUGGACAUGAUAGCUGAUAGUAAAGAUAGUUGGAUUACUAGUGAUGAUGUUAUUGCCCAGCAAAGCGAGGAGGAUGAUUCCUUGUCAGUUGAGGGUGACCAGAUCCUGGAUGGCUCUUGUUCGCUUUCAGUUGUGAGUGAGGCAAGCAGCCUAUGUGGAGAGGAUAUCUUGGGUUUUGAGGCUAUUUCAGUGGUAGGAAUACCUGGUUCUUUUGGCAAUGGGAGGAACAUCUGCAGUGUAGAUAUUAUUCCAAAGGCCAUGGGUUUUGUGGAGUCAAAUGUUGAGACAGAGAUUGCAAGUGAUCCAAUUGCUGUGGCAGUACGCCUUGAUGAAGAUAUUGGAAAUGGGUCUCAGAUACAACAGCAAUCUGCAGUUGUUCUCCAACUGGCUCUUGAAAGGGGGACAAGCACAGCGGUUGCACGGAGUGUGUUUGAGUUGGAAUCUGUGCCACUUUGGGGAUUCAUGUCUAUUUGUGGAAGAAGACCUGAAAUGGAAGAUGCAGUUGCAACAGUGCCCUGUUUUCUGAAGAUUCCAAUUCAGAUGCUAAUUGGGGAUCGAGUACUUGAUGGCAUAAGUAGGGCCUUCUCUUGUCAGACUGCUCAUUUCUUUGGGGUUUAUGAUGGCCAUGGAGGGUCACAGGUAGCAAACUACUGCAGUGAUCGCAUCCACCCUGCUUUGGCUGAAGAAAUAGAGUUGGUUAAGGAAUGCCUAGGUGAUGGAAGCAUAACAGAUAGUUGCCAGGAGCAGUGGAAAAAGGCAUUCACUAAUUGUUUCCUUAAAGUUGAUGCUGAAGUUGGAGGACAAACUCAACAAGAACCUAUUGCCCCUGAAACAGUUGGUUCAACUGCUGUUGUUGCCCUAAUUUGUUCUUCUCAUAUUAUUGUGGCAAACUGUGGAGAUUCAAGAGCUGUUCUAUGUCGUGGGAAAGAACCCAUGGCAUUGUCAGUUGAUCAUAAACCAAAUCGUGAAGAUGAAUAUGCAAGGAUUGAAGCAGCUGGAGGCAAGGUCAUACAAUGGAAUGGGCAUCGUGUUUUUGGAGUUCUUGCUAUGUCAAGGUCCAUUGGGGAUAGGUACUUGAAGCCAUGGAUCAUUCCUGAACCAGAAGUAAUGUUUAUCCCUAGAGCAAAAGAUGAUGAAUGCCUCAUUCUUGCCAGUGAUGGUCUAUGGGAUGUCAUGACAAACAAAGAGGCAUGUGACCUAGCUCGGAAGCGAAUUCUUCUCUGGCACAAAAAGAACGGAGUUACACUUACUCCAGAAAGGGGAGAGACUGCUGAUCCUGCUGCUCAAGCUGCAGCAGAGUAUCUCUCCAACUAUGCUCUCCAAAAAGGAAGCAAGGAUAACAUCACCGUGAUUGUUGUGGAUCUGAAAGCUCAAAGGAAGUUCAAGAGUAAAACAUGAUCACUUUGACCCUCAUUCCAUCCUCAUUCUCUUGAUAUGCCAUAUUUUUCAUAUAAUCCACUAUAUAGUUUUUUGCCCAUUUGUUUUUCACUAGGGCAUUGUGGCUUUAUGACAGUCUAAAUCUGUGUAGCAUAGAACACACUCCACUCUAUAACUUUCAUUACCUUGAAGAAUCUUGAUGCAUGGUAUGCCGAUUUCUGGCUAUGUAAUCUUUAGCCGUGCGUAGGUGUAGGAGAGUAUGGCAGUUCCAUGCUUUUGACAUCGAUGAUGAAAUUGUAUUUGUUCCACCUCCGAGUUAAAAGGUGCCCCGCGAGGAUCUGCUCUGUAUUAUUUCGAACUGCAUGGUGCUUAUCUUAUAAAAGAAUUUGUCUAAGUUUGAAACACAGCUUAGUUCAUUUCACCUGGAGAUUCAUCAUGUCACCACCAGUAAGAAUGCAAGAUUAUAGCUCUUAUUAUCAGUCCCAGAUUAGUGUAAUG